AUGGCCAAGAAUGGAGUAGGUAAGGCUCCUGGUGACGGCGUUGGCAACGGGGAGCCACGUUUGAGACAUCAGAGAAAGCGGCCCAGGCGAUGCGCGAUCGGUUGCUACCAUGCUAGUGCCUUCAUUCUCGCUAUUGGAAUUGUUGUGGCCUUAUCGGGAAUUUGCAGUAGCAGACUUUUCGAGAUCUUUCUUUAUGAUAAUCGUCAUCCUCCCAUGUUCCAUCACCUAUCCAUCCAUGUGGGUCUUUUCGAUUCUCGGGGCGAAAAAAUCUCAUAUGGGGUGAAUCCAACUGUUGAAGAACUCGAAUAUCCACCAAACCUCGAUGAACCCAGGUGGUUAACAGCCAAGGCGGCUGCAGUGAUUGGUCUGAUCUUCGGUCUGGUGGCCUUGAUUAUUCACUUGGUGCUUGCUUGUUGCGUCCGUGGAAGGGAGGAUAAACCAUGGGGAAACGUCGCUGUGGAGGUUCUCUGCUACCUCAUUACCGAAUUUUCAUCUGGGGCAAAAUCCUCUAAUUUCAAAAUUCACAUCUCAUUAUCCUUAUUGAUUCUUUUGUUUUUUAAACAACCCGAAUUUGAAACGGCUAUAAUCAUAAUCAAGUUGUUAUUUUAUAUUUCAGUUAUCGGCUUGCUUGUCAGUCUCAGUUUGGCCGAAUCCGAAAUUGAAGGUGUACAUAACCACGGUGAUGAAACUCUUCUUCGCAUGCUUGAAGCCAACGAGCUGCUAAGAAAUGGCACUGAAAUUUAUCGAUCCGCAAUUCCCGUGAGUACUGUUGGCGAACGAGAUGUUCCGCCGUUGCCACUACAAAAUGCUGUUGCUGAGUUUAAUCUAGUACUCUCCGAACCCCGACAAAGCUUCUACGUCCUGAUUGCUGCUGAUUUCAUCUGCCUCCUGGCCUUUCUUAUGGCUCUUGUCUAUUUUGUGCGACUAUCCGAACGUGAAGAACAGUCGAGAAAGCAACUGCAAAAGGCUAAGGUCGCUAAGCCAAUUUCCGAGCGUCCAACUGUGUAA